UUCGGGUCACCGGGGACCUGAAGGUGCAAAUUUCACGGCUCAGGGUUCCCUGUGGCCCUUGGGAGAGAGGACAAUCACCCCAAGUUAGAAACAGCCCGCCAGCUCAAAAGUAGGGUUCGAUUUAAACCAAGGCUUUGGCCCCAUGACCCCAACCAGGCCCCGCCCCUUCCUGGUUGUCUUAGCGACGACGGUGGCGUCCAAAGAUGGCGUCGUGGCUGCCGGAGACUCUGUUCGAAAUUGUAGGACAAGGCCCGGCGCCGAGCAAAGACUAUUACCAGUUAUUGGUCACCCGGUCCCAGGUAAUUUUUAGAUGGUGGAAGAUCUCUCUGAGGAGCGAGUAUCGAUCAACAAAACCUGGAGAAGCAAAAGAAACUCAUGAAUACUUCCUAGAGAAUUCACAUCUUCAGAUUCAAAUUGCCCUAAUAUUUGGUGCAAGAAUAUUAGACCAUGUCUUGAAUUUAUGUGAAGGUAAAAUUGACUUCCUUGAACGGCUCCCAGACAACUUGCUCCUGAAUAUCAUUUCUUAUUUGGAUCUUGAAGACAUUGCCAGGCUUUCUCAAACAUCACGCAGAUUUGCAAAGCUGUGCAGGUCUGACAAUCUGUGGGAGCAGAUAGUCCAGUCGACCUGUGACCACAUCACCCCCGAUAUGCGCGCCUUGGCCAAGGAUCUGGGCUGGAGACAGAUGUUCUUCACCAACAAGCUGCAGCUCCAGCGGCACCUCCGCAGGAGGAAACAAAGACACGAAAGCCAGAGGAGCAGUCAGCCGUAGGGACACGCGCUCCUCCCCGCCGGGCACCCCAGGCGCGGCUGCGCUUCCCUUCUGCGUCCAAACUCUUCUGCUUCCUUUGAUUGAGAACUGAGGUUUUGCUGAUUCAAGGAGCCAUAGAGUAGUUGCACACAAACGCAGCUAGCCCACCUCUGCAGUGCCUUGCCGGAGCCACAGACCCUGCUCAGGUCGUGGUCCCAGCACAAGGGCUGCAGGACAGGAAGCCCCCUGCCCUGAUGCCCAUAAGAAUAGAGGCUUCUGCUGUGUAGAAACAAACAAUAAAUGAUGCUUAGCAGGUUUUAUUACAAAUGUUUUUAUCUAGGUGUGGGAAAGGGGAACCGGGCUUGUGAAGUUUUUCCUAGUGUUGUAUCAUCAGAGUCUGUCCCCGAGUACACACUGUGUGUCCCCGCAGGGAACUGUGGGAGGCACUCCCGCUGAACGCAGCUGCCUUCCCAAGUCUGCUGUCCGAGGUUAGUAUUCAGGGUCCCCAUCUUGUGAGCCUGGGAUGCCAGGCUCCAUCCCCUUAGUGUGGACCACCUCUGACCUGGGCCUGCAGCACUGCUGGAGAGAGGUCAAGACGUUCUCCUUGAAGGCCUUUGCAGAGUCCGACUUCCCAGGACUUCCCGUUGUCAAAUAACCCUAUGAACCCUUCUUAGAGGGGUGCCGCUUCCUCUGAGGAAUGUGGACAGUUACCACUUUUAUAAGAGGGAUUUUUUUUGGUGGAGGGGUGAUUUAUAUUUUUUUAAUUUAAUUAAAAAAUUUUAUACAGGUUUCAAAUUGUAACUUUCCACUUACAGUUAUUACAAAAUAUGGGCUAUAUUCCCCAUGUGGUCCAAUACAUCCUUGAGCCUGUCUUGCACCCGACAGUUUGUGCCGCCCACUCCCUCCCAUGCUGGCCCUCCCCCUCCCUUCUCCCCACUGGGAUCCACUAGUUUGUUCUCUGUAUCUGUGAGUCUGCUGCUUUUUUGGUUAUAUUCACUAGUUGGUGGUUUUUUUGAGGUUCCACAUACAAGUAUAACAGCAGUUUUUAAGCAUACAGGCUGUGGGUAACUGUGAAAACCCAAGUAUGGUUUGUGUUCUGUUAAGUUGGCAGAGGGGCAAAAGCAGUAGUUUUAGGGGAGGAAAUUCUACCUCCCUGAGAUGAGUUAUUUAAAAAUUGUCUUCUUCCUGCACCUUCAUGGCAAUUAAGUACCUCCAGACAAUGAACUCAUGGCAGCGAAUAGUCUAACGACUCCUUUAGGCUACAGAGCAAAGCAGCGCUCAACCUCCCAUCACCUGACCGACCCUAUCAGCGCUUCUUCCCUGCAAUUUCCAGUUUGCCGCCCGGAAAAAUAGCAUCCUGCCGCCCCCAUCCCACUCCUUCCCUCCCCCUCCCCCUGCACUGCCCCUCCCCCUGCUCCACCACGCCCCUUGGACCCGAGGACCCCCGAACAGUGGGGAAGAGGUGGGCCCUGGCUGCUCUCCCUCCUCACUCCUGCUGGAACAGCUCUAUAGCCAUGGCUCAGUGACAGACUCUUUUUUCUUUUUUUACUAAACCUGUGUUAGUAUCAAACCAGAUUUUAACCGCCAUCCACACACUCUUUAACACUCAGUCUUGGAUUUCCAGGGACAUCUGUGAAAUCAAACGCAAUCUGCUUCCUGGCCGAUGAGGAGCCCGUUAAGUUCUAUCUGGAUUUAGUCCAAGCACAGAGCAAAGAUUUAAUUGGCGAGAGACCCAGGCCUCCUUCUCUGUCUAGGAGCCAGUCAGCCAGGGCCAGGGCAGGGCAGGGCAGGGUGGCUGGCUGGCAGGCAGGCAGAGGGCCCAUGCUCCUGUGUGGCUUCUGCUGCCUUGUUUCUCCCUGAAGCUCCAGACUUCACUCCCAGCCAGGUUUUCAGCAACAGAAUAUAGGUUAAUACCAUGUGUAUACAGCAAUUGUGUGUACCCGCAACGUGGUAUGGCAACGUAACUGCAAAAGUAUCGAAUUACAACCCAUUUAUAACAUGGAUGCAAAAUGUCAACAGCUUAAAAAUUUCAUGUAUAAUGUUUUAUCAACGGCGUUCUGGAAGCUUACGGGUGUGCCUAAUAAUCUAGAAUCAACAUGAAUCAGUAAGAACACAAAUAUGGCCAUUUGAAAACUCUUACUGUCUCUAUAAAAAGAUUAUACUAUAAAAAUAGAUAUUAGCUAAAUUAUUAAAAAUGAGCUUAAUUACUAUGUUGGCUAUUAUUAGGUAGUAAUUAAACAACAUAGGUUAUUAGAUUAUCUCAGUAAUUAUUUGCCCUUAUAGUUUGAGUGCCUCAUUACCUGAUUAUAAUUAUUUUUGCCAAAAUAGGAACAAUAUCAGAAACCUAAAAUCCUGCCAGGCACCAGCCUCCUCAGGGGUGGAACAUGUGCCCCUCUCCCACUCAGAUCCCACGUUAGCACCCGCACGAGGAUCCACUGGGUGGAAGGCAACGAUGGUUUGCCUCUCUGCCUCUGCUGACAGCUUUCCUGGGGAUGGGUAAAUCUGCUCUGUCGAUGACACACCGUUUCCGAGAGAAAUGUCACAACAUUUUAUAGUUUUGCCUUUUCUCAUCUUUUUAGUCAAAAGUGUUUCUACUCCGUUUUUAUUCACUGUUGUAACUGUAAAAGUAAAAUACUGACAUUUUCUGAUAAUUUAUAUGUUUAGUGUUAUAAGAAAAAAUUAAUAACAGUAGCAAAUGUGAAUGUUUAAUUUAUAAGCUAAAAAUAUUUUACUUAAUGUCAACUUCUAUUACUGCUUUUUUUCUUGAACAGGUUGGCAGAGUAUGUGCAUUAAACCUCUGUUAUAUGGAA